AUGACCUCUGAGGCUUUCAAACUGAAAGGCCUCUCUGAACAAGUUCACAAUGACUUUAUCAGAGAUGCUGGAGAAAGGCUGCAGGCACGAAUGGUCAGAGAGGCAGAGGAAAAGGCCAUAAGAGAAGCAGAGGAGAAGGCUCGUCUGGAAGAAGAGCAAAGGGUUAGAGAAGCUGCAGAGAAGGUUGCUGUUGCUGCUGAAGCAAAAGCAAAAGCUGACACUGAAGAGGCAGCACACAUAGAUGCAGAAGAAGCUGCAAAGGCUAGCAAUGAUGCUAUGGCUCAGGGGGAGCAAUCAAACUCUGAUUUCUCUCCUCUAGUCCUGAAGACUCUGGAAGAGCUGCAGAAGGAGCAACAGAUAGUGCGAGUAAGAAUGGAUCGCCAGGACUCCGUCAACAAUAAUAUUCAAAACCUGCUGACUCAGCUUCUCCAAAGGAUGCCUCCGCCUCCAAACCCUUAG